AUGUCUCCCCGCGCUCCUCUCCUCCCCCCUCGCCGCGACGGCGGCGGCAGCGGCGGCAACAGCAACAACAACAACAAUAACAAGGGCAGUAGCAGCAGCAUUUCCAAGGGACGGCAGCGACUGCUGCGGCUGCGGGGGCAUCCACAGCCACAGCAGCCACAGCAACAGCAGCAGCAGCAGCAGCAACAGCAGCAGCAGGUCCAGCAGCAGACCCAGGAGCUUCAGCAGCAGAUCCUUCAGCAGCAGCGGCAGCAAAUCCAGGAGCUCCAGCAGCAGCUCCAGCAGCAGCAGCAGUUGCAGCAACAGUUGCAGCAACAGUUCCAGCGUCAACACGAGGAGCUGCUUGAGGUACUUCGGCACAUCAAGAAGCAUUGA